GGCAAUGCAUUGUAUAGACCAGUAGACAAUGACAUCAAGAUCAUGUUCACAUUGAAAACUAGCAUUAAGGAAAUAAAGGAGGUUGAUGUUGAUAUACCGCGUCAUAAAUUCGAAUUUGUUGACUACAAUAAAAUACAUGAACGCGUUAAUAAACAUGUCCAGCUAUCAGAUAUCAUUGCAAAUGUGAUUGGUGUUGGACCGAUUGAGCAACCUUGCAUCAAAGGAUCAAAUGUCUUGAUGAGAAACAUAAAUGUCAUGACUAUAGAAGGACAUGAAAUAAAGCUUACACUUUGGGGAUCAGUUGCAAAUGAAGUUGAGGAGAGCUUCUUUACUGAAAAUCCAGGCCUUUUUGUCAUAAUAGCUACAUGUUUGACUGUCAAGACUUUUAAAGGCAAGUUCAUUUCUCUUUUCUAA